UCACUGAAAUAAACAUUACAUUGUAUCCUUAAGGAAGAUUGCUGGUUCAUGUAUGAAUGUUGUAUGACAAAACAAAUAUACAAUUCAUCACUCAGAAAGAUUAAGUCACAUCGUAUAUUAUUUUGUAUGCGAUAAAUGGCACAAAGAAGCUUUUCUACAUCGACAUGUCAAGAUCGGCCACCACGGAGACGUUCUUUAUCCAUAAAUUUUUCAAGUUGUAAACAAAGAGGAAAAGAUGAAUACCAUACAAAAUCUAAAUCAUGCAGCACGGAGCCGAACAUGAUUCAGCAAAAACAGAGUUUUAGGCCAAACAGGAAAUCAAGCAGGACGCUGUCAGAUCUUAGAACAUUUGACAACAAUGAAGGGUUUUUGUGUGAAAAAGAACAAGAGUUUCAAGAGAAAAGAAAACUCUACAUCCAUACUGCUUUACAAAAAUUGCUUAAUACAGUAUUAAAGGCGGAUGAUGUUCCACAUAUUGCAUUGAUGGGGUCAGGAGGAGGAUACAGAGCUAUGGUAGCCAUGUCCGGGAUCAUUAAUGCCCUCUACAAUUCAAAAAUUCUUGAUUGCAUCUUGUAUACUGCUGUGUUGUCUGGCUCUUCCUGGUUCAUUACAACGCUAUAUUCGCAUCCUGAAUGGCCAAACAUUGAUCCUAAGUAUAUUCAAAAACAGUUGAAAACUGAUAUAUCUAAAAACCCUAAAAGCAUACCGCAAAUAUUGAGGUAUAGUUGGGAAUUCUUUUGUACAAAAUGGAAAGGAAAGUCAUGGAACUUUACAACCGAUGUAUUUGGACCAAUGUUGGGAGAUGUGCUUAUACCAGAGAGGUUAAAUUGUAAAUGGAGCGAACAGAAAGAUAAAUUGUCAGAGGGUACUGUUCCACUUCCAUUAUUGUCUGCUAUUCAUGCCAAAGAGGAAAAGAAUACGAAAGAGUUUCAUGAAUGGGUAGAGAUUUCUCCAUAUGAAGUAAGCAUUCAACAUUAUGGAGCUGCAAUUGACAUGACAAAUUUUGGAAGCGAAUUUGACGAAGGAUUAUUAACACGGCGAAUCGCAGAAAUGCCCCUUUUCGAGAUAAUGGGUAUAUGUGGGAGUGCUUAUACAUUAACUCAUGAAGAGUUGGCGAACAAAGAUUCUAGUUACUCCAAAACUGGCGCUUUAGAAGAAUCGGUUGGUCCUUCCAGAAAAAAUGAAGAAUAUGAUAUCGAAUGCGAUUCCUACCAGUCCACUAACAGUAACGAAAGUUACUUUCCUGAAAAUGAUGAUGUAUUUGAUGAAGAAGAGGAAAAACAUGAGCUUUAUCAAUCUAAUAUCUCAGAACCUAGUAUGGAAGAAAUGGAAGAUUUGUUUAAAAGAAUUUGCCAGAUACACAAUGAAGGGGGGCGUGUAUUUGAAGAGAAUAAAAACGGAAAUGAGAAGAAAGAUUCCAAGGCUGACAUAGCAGAGGAAAAUGCACAUAGAGAACAACACAAUGAAAUCAGUUUUAUGCAUAGUUGUUCAUUAGAAGGAGACGUGGAAAUUGAUGGUGCUUUUGACUAUCCCAAAAAUAUUUUAAUGGAACAGUGCAUGAAGACUAGACGUCAUAGGGCGGCAAUGGUUAAUAACCCUUUUCGGAAUGUAUCUUUUGAUGAAACAGAUAGUUUCUGUUUGCAAGGAGAUACAAGUUCUUCAUUGAAAAAUGACCUUGAGAAGUUAUGUUUGAUCGAUGCUGGAUUAGCGUUCAACUCUCCGUAUCCACUUCUUUUCCAACCCGGUAGGGACGUAGACCUCAUCCUGUCAUUUGAUUUUACAGACCGAAAAAAAGAUUGCAAUAGCCCUUUCAAGACAUUGCUAAGAGCAGAAGAUUGGGCAAGAAAACAAGAGAUUAAAUUUCCAAAAAUCAAAGUUGACAAGUAUGAAGGCAAGAAUGUGCAAGAACUGUACAUUUUUGAAGAUGAAAAUGAUCCCGAAUGUCCUAUUAUCAUGCAUUUUGUAUUAGUGAACAAAGAUUUUAGAACUUAUAAAAAACCAGGAGUCAGACGAAGGGAAAGUGAAAAACAGUUCGUUAACUUCACUAUAUAUGAUGAUCAGAAAACAUUUCACUGCACCAACUUCCAGUACAGCGAGGAAAACUUUGACAGAUUGUCACAGCUUUCUGAAUUCAUAGUUCUAAAUAACAUUGCUCAUAUCGAGGCCUGUAUAAGCAAAAGCAUCCAAAAUAAACAGAAUAGGAUACAGCCUGGCCGACAAAAGCAUCCUUCGUCUCCUGUAUAACUUUUGUCUACUUGUAUGGAAAAGGACAAAUGUCAUAAUUAUAUUCAUACCCUUUUUACACAUUUAUGUUGUUCAAUAUGACAUCUUUUUUAUUUGUCCUAGUAAUGCCCCAUUUCGUUGAAUGUUUCAGAUUGUGUAUGAGCUUUUGUGUACAUAUUCAUUUAACAUUUUAGGGCGUUUUUACUUUAUAUAACAAAUGGUUUUGAACAUUUAAAUAUUCUUUCAUGAUUCAAACUGUCGAAUACAACAAAGGUCACUGGAAAUUUUUAGUAUCUUAUUAUGACGACAGGUGGCUAUCAUUUUACUGCUUUUGACGUAGUCUGCGUAAUUACCAGAAGAUUUUGUCGACAUAUGACUUAGUAGCUAUAUAUCGAUUUCGAUAUCGAAUGGUUUAAACAAAAUAGUUUAGUUUAAGUAUUGCUGUUAAAAUUAAAUUAAUUGCAUUUCCAUUAAGAUUAUGAGGUAUGUUAAAAAAAGUACGUUUCGUAUUUUGUUACAGAAUGGCGAUAAAUAUCAUAGACAGUAACUAUCCAAUUAUAUCAACAGACAACAGAAUAGCGAAAGGAAAAGUAGCUGAUAUUCGUAUGAACUGCAAACAUCCAGAACGAACGAAAAAACCUCUGUAUUCCCAUACAUUUUGACCUACAAUCCAUGAAAUAAUGAAACAUAUAAUAUUAUUUAUACAAAUUUACCAACUUAUUUCGUCAAGAAUGAGAAGAGCCUUAUUAGAUAAACAUAUAAUCAAAAGUAAGCGACAACCGAAAUCUUUGAAAAAAUUAAACCAAUGCUCGGUUGCAAAGAAAUAAAAAUAUAUAUAUAUAUAAAGGUAAAACAAAUUCUCCAGUAAUGCUUAGAACUAUGUAUAUGAAAUUGGAAAUAAAAUAAAGAUAAAAAUAAACACAAAUGUUAAAAGUCUAUCGCUUAAAUCCUUCAUUUAACUUAUUUAAACGUUGUUAAGCGUUUCAAUGACGUUAUGUCAUCGUUCCAAUAUAGGCAAAUGGACGUUGCAAACUAACCUUUCUACGACUAUAGCGUUCGUACAUCAAACGAAAAAUCUCGAACGUCUUACAAAUUUUUAUGAAGCACAAUUAGAUCUGAUUGACCAAAAUGUAUAAUUAGUUGCAAAAGUUUCUUGUCUGCAUCUGAUUUCACAUAAAUAGAUGCACAAAUAAAAUCUUAAUCGUUUGUGUAUACUUGAUUUGUGUGUAGUUCAAGAUAUGUUAAUUAUAUAACUCUAACUUUUCUACAAACGAUGUUCGUUUAUAUGACAUUCAAGAUUUUCGAAAAUUAGCAUACCCAGCUGUUUAUACUGAUAAAAUAUUUUAUUUAUUUACUGUGUACAGUAUCAUUCACAUUAACGAUCUGACACUUUCGUAAGAAUAAUUGUUAUCUAUUAUUUAGACGUUCUUUGUUUUAUAUAAAUAUAUAUAUGAAUAUGUCACAUAUUCAAAUAUUUUUCUCUCCCUUAAAGUGGCAUUAGCUGUAAAAUUCAUGUUCACCGAUUUUACUUAAAUUCUCAUAUUUGGUUUAAAACACACUAAAACGUAUAUUAAAAAAAAAUAUAAAUUCUAAAAUUACGAUGCAUGAACUCAAUAAUAUGUUUUAGCAUUUCGUCUGUAUUUUAGUCUAGACGCCCUCUAAUUUACCAUUGAGGUGACGUCCGAAGACUGCCGACGGUCAUAUGACCCGAUAUAAACACAAAUAUAGAUAUAAAUAGAUAGUGAACACGUGCAAUUGGAUUUUUCUAAGUCUGUUUGAUUUCAUAUUAUAGGUUAAAAAAAUAUGUUAAUCAUCGUUUUCACCUGUGUGAGAAUGAGCUCAAAUGGUUUACCAUUGUUUCACUUUCUAUGUUGACAUUCUUUUCCUUGUAAUAGCGGAACACGCCUAGUUCAUGCGUAUCCUAUCUCUAGCUAAGGGGUUGCAUUGAAGGUCACAUGAAUACAAAUUAAAUCAGGUCGAAUUUUUAACUUGCAAGUGAAAAAUUCAUCAGCGAUGUUUUCGUAGCUUAUUUUGACAAAAUUUAACCAGAAUGACUUCUAAAAGCGAAGAGUUAUUUCAAUUUUUGACUUUCAUAAAUGAGUGAACCAAAAAAAAAUAUCAUAUUUUUUUAUUUUUAUUUCUCGUAGCUAAUGCCCCUUUAACGGUUAGCUACUAAUAUUGUGUAAAUAAUGUGCGAUAUGUAUCUAUUUAAAUAUAUUUUGUGUACAUUUUUUUUCUUUUUAAAAAAUGAUAGUGUCUAUGUUAUCCUUUACUUUGUGUAGAUUGCAUAUUUCUGUUCAAGAAAUUAGAAUGUAACGCCAACGAAAGGGUGUGCUAGUUUUCAUUUAAACUGCCCGGUCCAAUAAUUGGAUACGAAAAAACAUUUCUUCAGCAUUCUCAAAAAAAAGAAAGAUAAAGGUAAAUCCAAAAUUAGAAUAUAAAUAAAUGCUGAAAAAAAUCUGGUAAAAAUCAGAUUGCAUAUGAAAAGAUUUGUACAGUACUGAAUCCUAGUUUAAGCUAAUUUUGUUAAUUAAAACGUCUGUUCAAAGAGAUUAGCUAUAUAUAUAGGCUAUAUAUUUGUUCAGAGUUUAAAUUUUAUAUUUUUAUAUUUCUUCUGUUUGUAACAGAUUUUGAAUAGUUGUUAUGUACCUGUGCAAACAAUGAAUUUAUAAGUAUUUGGAUUUUAGAUUGGUUGUUGUAUAACACCUCAAUGCUAAGAAUUGCCUUAAGUGGAUGUGGUUAGAUUAAAGCCAUAAAACUGUGCA